UCCUGGAUCCUUGUCGCUCAACGGUUGUCUUUGAACAGUCCGCAGUUUGCCUAUAUAAAGGAUAGCGAAGGUGUAAUCGGUCAGUCACAGUUACAGUUGCUUAGCACACACGCCUCACUGGUACCCCUACCACCUCACUUGGAACACAGUGUAUCAUGGCUGACAAAAUCCAAUUCUACCAACAGGAGGCCAAAGACCAAGAGGCCUCCGCCAAACACGAGAUCCCUAGGGACGCUGGCUUGCAACCCGAGGGCGACAUCUACAAGCCCAGCGAGCAUGGUGGAUUGAAGCAAGAUGGAACUCCUGACAAGAGAAUGAAGCCCGAGGAUAUCGACAAACCUGAUGAGGAGAAGUAGGGCAGC